ACUCACAUUUAUUGCUUUUAAAUAACAUAAGCAUCCAUCAGUGGAUUGAGUUGAAAGAAGACUCUUUCAGGAAUAGAAUUGAUCAUCUAGUGACUUAUAUUUUGGUAACAUGCAGAUGUUAGUACUUUGGAAAAACCUCCUACUGAAUCUGGGAAUUAGAGUGAAAAUCCAAUGAUCCACUGCGAGAGAGCAAAGCCACCGACCAAACAAUAUAUCAUCUAUAACUCUAUGUCUGGCUGCAGACUGCUAUUCAGAACAACAAAGACACAACACAAGGAUCUCUCGACUAUCAAAACCCGAGCUGGACAGAGACCAAAGACAUUUUCUUACCAAGAUUCGCCAGGAAUUUUAUUAUGCCAUGGAUUACGGAAUUACACGAUUAAGGCCCUUUCAACUCAACAAAGGAGCUGUCUAAGAAUUUGUUGAAGCAUUUAUUUUCCCAAAGGUGAUGGAGGAGCCCAUUAAAGACAUCAUGGGGACCUCUAAGGGGUCGGAACCCAUAAUGAUGGAGAAGAAAAACAAUGAUUAUGUAAUUAAAGCUGUUCCAAGGAUCAAUGAAACUCAGCUGACGGCUGCAACUGGUGGAGUAGAGCUCUCGUGUUAUAGAUGCACCAUCCCUUUUGGUGUGGUUAUUCUUAUAGCUGGAGUGGUGGCUACCGCCGUGGCGUACAGUUUUAAUUCCCAUGGAUCCAUCAUCUCUGUGUUCGGAUUGGUCAUUCUGUUUUCUGGACUCCUUUUGGUAUGCUUGAGCGCUGUGUGCUGGAAAGUUAGGCAACGGAAAAAGAGAGCGAAACGGCGAGAGAGCCAGACAGCGUUGGUGGCGAACCAGAGGAAUAUACAUGUUUAAGGACAACAGAACAAAACAAACAGUGACGCUCUGAAUAAUCUGGACCAGCUGAUGGAGUUGGAAAGGAAAAGGUCCAGUGGUUUGGAAAAGUUUGGAUGGAUCAAAGACAGUGAAGAUGCUUCAUACUUCAAGCCACUCUCCAGUGAGAAGCAGCGAUUGGUGAAAUGCGUUGGUGUACCAGUGCAAAUUGUGACCUAUAAAUCUCUUUAUCAGUAUAGUUGAAUAAAUUGCCUAAAUCAUAUGUACUGUUGUAAAUGUAGAGCAUGGGUGGCCAGCAGAUAACUCCUACAGCUGUGGAACUACGACUGCCAUGAUCCUGAGACAGCUAACGGGUGCCUGAUCGUCAUAGGAGUUUCAGACCUGUAGGUUACCUCCGAUGUAGAGCAUGGGAUUUGUUCUGUAUUACAGUGAUAGCAGAAUUACAAGCAAACAUUAGUUCAUGAGAAUCUGUUUUUAAUAUUGAUUACUUUGUGUAUGCUUUGCGUUAUCACAACGCAGUCUGGUGUCCGAAUUUCCCUCUCAGUAAAGGAAUAGAUCAUUUGAAUAUCAAAUAGCAGAAGUAAAACAUUUUUUUUUUUUUUUGGUGGCAUAAUGUACAAUAUGUUUUAUGUUUCAGAUUGCUUCCAUGUAGGCUAGAAAUAUGGGUAAAAUGGAUUCUGGCCCCUUUGAGAUAAUACUUUCACAUAUAAAUCUCAGUAAUUCCCUCUAGAAGCAGAUGUUCCAUUUGUUUCUGAUUUGAUGGGGUUGUACAGCCUGUAAUGAUGGGAGUUGUGGUUUAAACAGCUGGAGUGCUGGGGAUUGUGGAACCCUAAUGCUUAAACACAUCCACACGCUAAAGGUUGGCUAAGCAUUAUGGGAACGGAUUAUAGCAUCUACCAAGUUGUAACAAUAGUAGUGUAGGCAUAGUCUAAAACUAGAUCAAUCAUGGUAUUCGGAAAAGGCAGAAAACAUCGGUUUGAACCCUACAGUCAAUAACAAUGACAACACAGCACAAAACAACCAAAGGUUUAGAACCUGUGUGUCAAUAACUAGACUGGUUGAGUAGGAUCUUGAAAGCACAUUAGUCACACUGACACAAUGGGCAAGUGACUAGACCAGUGUAGACAUCAAGCCUUGGCAUCAGCGGCAAGAAACUUGACCAGUGUGGCCACCAAACCAUGGCACCAAGGUUCUAUGAACUUGAAUCUUGUGGCCACUAAGCCAUAGCGCUAAGGAUCUAGAUGUGAAGUGUGGCCACUAGUACUUAGCACCAGUGGCAAGCAACUAACACAGUGUGGCCGCUAAGCCAUUGCAGCAAAGCCAAGGAAUUUAACCAGUGUGGCCACCAAACCAGUGUGGCACUCAGUGUACUUACAUUAUUUUACCCCCCAAAACUGUCCUUUAUAGACUGUUAAUAUCCUACGGUUUCAAUAUAUAAAAAAAAAAAAGAUAUAAAUUGCAAUACGUUAGACACUAUCUAAUUAACUUAAACACAUUAUAAAAAAAACACUCUUUUAAUGGGACAGGAAAGCCUCACAAAAAAAUGUAAAGCUGUGUAAGUGAUAUUGUUGUUCUGGAAUUCUCUAAUGAACCUUGUUAAAACAAAACAAACAAAAAAAAACUUAGACAUUGGGUGUCAAACCUGUCCGUUAUUUACCAGAGACAACUAUUUAACUGCAGAAUUUCCAUGGGACAUGACAAGCGAUGCCCCAAGGGUGUAUAGUAUUUUUUGCCCGUUCAGAGAGCCAUCAUUUAAUUAAUCAACAUUCCUGGAAACAUUAGGAUUUUUCUCCAGCGGAAUGUUCCUCCACUCCUAUGGAUACAAUAAGGAGUUGGCUUUAAACAAAGAUAAUAGUAAAUAGACAGAAUAAUCGAAAUAUUCAGAAAUAGAUAGUAUGCCCUAGAUGUCUGGGUCAAAAAACGGACAGCAAAACAUAUUAAUCUCUAAUGUAAUAGGAGCCACCUGAUUAAUGAAUUGAUUUCAUACUGACAACAUAAUAAUUAUACAAUUAUAAUAUUUCAUUAUAUUAAUGUCAUACAAUGCCAAAAUCAUUCCGCAAGCCUUCUGUGUGGCAUCUAUGUAUUUUGGGAAACAUGACCCACGUGGAAAUACUACUUUGACAGAUCGA